CAAACAUGUCUUUCGAGCCACCAUCUCAAGGGAACGCGUCUAGGCUUCUUCCUCAGCCAGGAUCGUUGGAGUACAUAAACAGACCAAACCCCGUUGAACCCAGUGAUCUGAGCCAUGGCAUUUUCGAUGGAAGUACUCGCGAGCUUGACCGGACGGCUAACGAGCAGCUACACCCGUUUCUGCUAGGCAAUCGAUUGCGCCAACGUAACGAUCUUGGAGCAGACGCCAUACGCCUUGCAAGACGCUCACCUCACCAGUCAUCCUCGCUCGCUGCCGUGCUCAAUGUUGAAGACUCGCCUCCUAGAUUGGGGGAAUAUGCUUCCCAUCGAAGAGUUGUUGACCAAGCAGUCUUCACAUUACCAAAGUUGCCAACAAAACGACAUGCGAAACGUCACCGUGUACCUCCCGUUCUGCAAGGUCUCCAUCAGCCUCCGCCAGACGCUGGUCUUCUACCUUCUAUCAGUACAGAGGAAGCACAAGUCUUUCGCUCCACUUCGAGGAGCAGCAAGCCUGCAGCUACUACCACUUCCACUGACGAGACGACUCCUGCUGUGACUACGCAAGAAGCUGUAGUAACCAUCGAAAAUACUACCCAGGGGACAUCGGAUAAGCGUUCUCGACGCAAUCUGUGGACCGAUAAAGAGACCAACGAUCUCCUAGCCGGAGUGUCUAGAUUCGGCAUUGGUAAUUGGAAAAAGAUACUGCUCUGCUCAGACUAUCAGUUCCACAAACGGACGGCCGUAGAUCUCAAAGACAGGUAUGGAUGGAUGCUGGUUCUUAUCCUCGUGCUAGACUUAUGUGUUCACAGAUUCAGAGUUUGCCGCCCUGAUGCUUACGGUGGUGCGAGGAAAACUCGAAAAGCCAAGAGAAUCAAGCAAGUCGGCAACACAGACCAGACUUUAUGGAAGGCACAGCGCCGACCGAGACGCAACUUCACAGAUGAAGAAGACCAGGCUUUGCUCAAGGGCUUCCGGGAGCAAGGCCCGUCUUGGGUCUCCAUCUGCAAAGAUGAGGCGUUCAAAGAGCACGGCCGAACUCCAACAGAUUUGCGCGAUCGACUGAGGACAAGAUUUCCAGAAAGAUAUGCACAAGCUGGUCUAGCGUCUCGGCCAGCUGUUCCCAAACCUGCCAAACGAACUCGAGCCACACGGGAAGAGUCAGAGAAGCCUGCAGAGCCAAGUCAGACUCUCACACCUACUGCUGCCUCCUCGAAAGACAGCCAGACAAAGCCACCCAAUGACAGAUUGGAGAGGACAAGCUCGCGCACCGGCCCCACGUAUACACUACCUCUACCUAGCAUUGGAGACGAUUCACUUCCGGGUUUCGGCUAUCCCGACGACGACGAGGAUGCGGAUCCGAUUGUUUUGGAUCGCAGCAUUAUGGAUUGGGCGAACAACAACAUGCAACAGCCUAACCGCCAGUCACACUCACACGCGUCUGACAACCUUCCAUUUCCUGGCAUCGAUCCUCUUGUCACGUUGAAGCUGCCCAAACCUGGCUUCUUC